UCUCGACGAAAGAUGAUGUAUACAGCGGCUUUAACUAUUUUAUUUGCUUCAUGUUUCAUAAUCCAUCAGGCAUCAGCUAUAUAUUUGGAACCGGAUUGUGGAACUGUGGAUCUGAAUUCCAAAAAUAGUAAUCCCUGGAUGGCUCUAAUACGAAAUAAAACUGACUUUCUUUGCACUGGAACGCUAAUUUCAAACCAGUUUAUAUUGACGGCUGCCAGUUGCAUUAUAAAUCGCAACCAAAUACUGGUGCGGUUGGGAGAAAGCCAAAAUUUAACAACCGCAGAAGAAUACUCUGUUAAAAAAGCGUACGUCCACGUAAACUUUUCAUCAAAAACCUUAGAGAAUAAUAUUGCGCUGCUCGAAUUUCACAAAGUGGUGAUAUUCCAGCCUCACAUACGACCGAUAUGCAUUUUUAUAAGCCCUAAGAUGAAGUCAUGGAAAGACCGGGCCAUAAGUUUUCGCUCAACCUUUUGGGUACAAAAUCCAAACGGUUUUGUGGCUGAUAAUUGGGUUGUUGAUCGCGAUAACAGGAAUUGUGACAACCCCUUUGGGUGGCUCGUCACAGAAUCUCAGAUCUGUGUCGGCCCGGCUAACUUGGAUAGUUGUUCCCCCGGAAAUCCGAUAUCAAGAGUGUACAAAUAUGAAAACUCCUUAAGACAUAUACAAUUGGGAUUACUUAGCUCAUGUAGCUCCAAUGGAAUAUACACCGAUGUUGUGAGUUUCUCUACUUGGAUAAUGGAAAGGGUGUGGGAUAUUGAAAUCAUAAUGAAUUGAAAUAAAAAAAAUCAUUCUGCCCAGCUAAUAAAUGAAAUAAUUAGACAGCAAAAA